UAUAUAUAUUCAAAUUGAAAUUGGAGUAGAUUUUAUCAUUAUUUGUAUCUGUCUGAAAUUCAUUGUGAGUCAGUUAAAACCUAUCCUAUCCAGAUCUGGCCGAGUUGGAUAUCUGAUAAGACUGAGUAAAUUCCAACACUUAUAUGCCACCCAUUGUGCCAUGAUGGAACCAAAGAUGAGGUACAAAAUGAGCCCCCAAAGAACUAAUGAGUUUAAAGAGCUCCAUUUGUUAAAAAAAAAAAUGAUGAUACUUUUUUGCAAAAUUCUCUUUGCACGGUUAACAAAGGUUUUCCAAACCGUCUUCCUCUCUCUCCAGGGCUGGUCCAAGGGUGGGCAGCCAUAGCCAUGGGAGUCCUGGCCGGCAGCAUCCCCUGGUUCACCAUGAUGGUCGUCCACAAGCGCUCGAAGCUCCUCCAGAACAUCGACGACACCCUCGGCGUCUUCCACACCCACGCCGUCGCAGGAUUCGUCGGCGGCCUCUCGACCGGUCUCUUCGCCGAGCCCACCCUCUGCUCCCUCUUCCUCCCCGUCACCAACUCCCGUGGUGGCUUCUACGGCAACCCCGGCGGCGUCCAGUUCCUCAAACAGAUCGUCGGCGCUCUGUUCAUCGCCGGGUGGAACAUCGCCGUCACCACCAUCAUCUGUCUUGCCAUCAAGUUUGUGAUCCCGCUCCGCAUGCCCGAGGAGCAGCUCCUCAUCGGCGACGAUGCGGUGCAUGGAGAGGAGGCCUACGCUCUCUGGGGUGAUGGGGAGAAGUAUGACUCUACUAAGCAUGGUGGGUGGUACUCCGAUGACACCCAACACCAUCAAGCUCCAAGUGGAGUCACGCAAGACGUUUAGGAGGGAAAAGGGCUUAAUUUUAAUGCAACUUGAUUAAAAGGUUGUAACAAUUACUUGGUCUUUACCUCUUCUUCUUCUUCUUCUUCUUCUUUUUGAUGCUUCCGUUAGCUUUGUAAUUGUAUUGGUCUGUCUAUGUGAUUCGUUUGUCUGCAUGGAUUGGUUGCGUGUGAAUAUUGUGGGAAGGAGUAAAAUGGAUUCUUCCCAUUUGAAUUAGUUUUUGAGUUAAUUGUUCACGUACUCGUGAAGGCAAAUGUUUUAUAUAAAGCCAAAAAAAAAAAGAGGUUAAAGUGAAUCAGACUUCA